UCUGCGUGAAGGCGAUCGGAGCAGUUUUUAAACUCCAGCAGCUCCGUUUGUGGACAAAAGUGCAGAUAAUUCCCGUUAACGGAGUCCCAGCUGGAACUGAAGGAGAAGGAGCCGACGGUUCGACGCGUCCAGAUGUUGGAGCGGAGUCGGUGAACGAGCAGCAGUUCAGAUGAAGGUAGAAGGUGUGUGUGAGCUGAUGUGAAUCCAGCAGCAUGGAUCAGUGUGAGGACAGAGAGGAGGGAGUCCUUCCCUCCAAAACCUCCCCGAGGGGAAAACCUGAGAGAGAAGAAGAGAGGAGACCUGGACCUGGACCUGGACCUGGACCUGGACCUGGACCAGGACAAGGACCUGGACCUGGACCUGGACCUGGACCUGGACCUGGACCUGGACCUGGACCUGGACCAGGACCCAGCUGUGUGUCCUUGAAGAGUCACCGAUCAAAAGACUUGGACAUUUUCUUUAAAGGAGAGCAACGUUCUACUGUAAAGAGUGUCCACCAGAAAAGAGACUCUCUUGAAACUGAACCCAGCUGUUUGUCCUUGAAGAGCGACAAGUCAAGGGAAUGGUUCGCUGACUUUAAAAGAGACCAAGGUUCUCCUUCAGAGAGAGUGGACCAGCAGAUCUCAGAGUCCCCCAGUGGUCCGUCUGUCCAGCAGCAUCAGACCCAGCUGGACUCCGUCUUUCAGCUGCUGGAGGACGACAUCGUCAUGUUUGUGAAGGACGAGCUGAAGAAGAUCCACAGGGGUCUGAGUCCAGAUUACCCAGAAUCCCUAGAGCAUGUGUUACAGGGUGAGGAUGAAGAGCAGAGGAGGAGCAGCAGAGAUGCGUUUGUGAAGAUCACAGUGAACUUCCUGAGGAGAAGGAAGCAGGAGGCGCUGGCUGAGCAUCUGCAGAGCAGUACUUUUGCUGAAGUUUGUAAAAUGCGGCUGAAGUCUAAGCUGCAGAAGAAGCACCAGCAUGUGUCUGAGGGGAUCAUUAAAGCAGGAAAGAAAACCCUUCUGGAGCAGAUCUACACGGAGCUCUACAUCACAGAGGGAGGGACCGGAGAGGUCAACGAUGAACAUGAAGUCAGACAGAUUGAAGCAGCUUCCAGGAAACCAGACGGAGCAGAAACAGCCAUCAGACAGGAAGACAUCUUUAAACCCCCACCUGGAAGAGGAGGACCAAUCAGAACGGUGAUGACGAAGGGAGUGGCCGGCAUCGGGAAAACAGUCCUAACACAGAAGUUCAGUCUGGACUGGGCUGAAGGCAGAACCAACCAGGAAAUCAAGUUCCUGCUUCCAUUCACCUUCAGAGAGCUGAAUGUGCUGAGAGAGGAGAAGUUCAGCUUGGUGGAACUAGUUCAUGGAUUCUUCUCUGAAACCAGAGGAAUCUGCAGCUUUGAAGAGUUCCAGGUCGUGUUCAUCUUUGACGGUCUGGAUGAGAGUCGACUUCCUCUGGACUUCCACAACUCUACAAUCGUCAGUGACCCCAGAAUGUCCACCUCAGUGGACGUGCUGCUGACAAACCUCAUCAGGGGGAACCUGCUUCCUUCUGCUCAUCUCUGGAUCACCACACGACCCGCAGCAGCCAAUCAGAUCCCUCCUGAAUGUGUUGACAUGGUGACAGAAGUCAGAGGGUUCACUGACCCACAGAAGGAGGAAUACUUCAGGAAGAGGUUCAGAGAUGAGGAGCAGACCAGCAGGAUCAUCUCCCACAUCAAGACAUCACGGAGCCUCCACAUCAUGUGCCACAUCCCAGUCUUCUGCUGGAUCACUGCUACGGUCCUGGAGAACGUCCUGGAGAACGUCCUGGAAACCAGAGAGGGAGGGGGGCUGCCCAAGACCCUGACUGAGAUGUACAUCCGCUUCCUGGUGGUCCAGGCCAAACUGAAGAAGGUCAAGUAUGACGGAGGAGCUGGGACGGAUCCACACUGGAGUCCAGAGAGCAGGAAGAUGGUGGAGUCUCUGGGAAAACUGGCUUUUGAGCAGCUGCAGAAAGGAAACCUGAUCUUCUAUGAACCAGACCUGAGAGAGUGUGGCAUCGAUGUCAGAGAGGCUUCAGUGUACUCAGGAGUGUUCACCCAGAUCUUUAGAGAGGAGAGCAGCCUGUACCAGGACCAGGUCUUCUGCUUCAUCCAUCUGAGUGUUCAGGAGUUUCUGGCUGCUCUUCAUGUCCAUCUGACCUUCAUCAGCUCUGGAGUCAACCUGCUGGAGGAACAAAAGAACACAGAGACUCAGCUCUAUCAGACAGCUGUGGACAAGGCCUUACAGAGUCCAAACGGACACCUGGACUUGUUCCUCCGCUUCCUCAUGGGUCUUUCACUGGAGACCAAUCAGAACCUCCUACGAGGUCUGAUGACAUCAAACCAAAGAAGUUCACAGAAAACUAUCGAAUACAUCAAGGAGAAGAUCAGUGGGGAUCUGUCUGCUGAGAGAAGCAUCAACCUGUUCCACUGUCUGAAUGAACUGAACGAUCGGUCUCUGGUGGAGGAGGUCCAACGGUUCCUGAGGUCUGGACGUCUCUCCACAGAUUAUCUGUCUCCUGCUGAGUGGUCGGCUCUGGUCUUCAUCUUACUGUCAUCAGGAGAUCUGGAGGUGUUUGACCUGAAGAAGUUCUCAGCUUCAGAGUUGGCUCUACGGAGAUUGUUGCCGGUGGUCAAAGCCUCCAAGAAAGUUCUACUGAGUGACUGUAAACUCUCAGGGAACAUCUGUCCACUUCUGUCCUCAGUUCUCAGCUCUCAGUCCUCCAGUCUGAUAGAACUGGACCUGAGCAACAACGACCUGCAGGAUUCUGGACUGAAGAAGCUGUGUCCUGGACUGGAGAGUCCACACUGUCACCUGGAGUCUCUCAGACUGAGUGGCUGUAACCUCUCAGAGGACAUCUGUCCACUUCUGUCCUCAGUCCUCAGCUCUCAGUCCUCCAGUCUGACAGAACUGGACCUGAGCGAAAACGACCUGCAGGAUUCUGGACUGGAGCAGCUGUGUCCUGGACUGGAGAGUCCACACUGUCACCUGGAGUCUCUCAGGCUGUCAGGCUGUCUGAUCUCAGAGGAAGGAAGUGCUUCUCUGGUCUCAGCUCUGACCUCCAACCCCUCCCGCCUGAGAGAGCUGGACCUGAGCUACAACCAUCCAGGAGAGUCAGCAGGGAAGCUUCUGUCUAGACUGGAGGAUCCCCGCUGGAGACUGGACACUCUCAGGGUGGAGCCUGCUGGACAACGAUGGCUGACACCAGGUCUGAGGAAGUAUUCCUGUCAACUCACCAUCGACACAAACACAGUAAACAAAAACAUCCAACUGUCUGAUGACAACAGGAAGAUGAUGUAUGUGAGGAAGAAUCAGUCAUAUCCUGAUCAUCCAGACAGGUUUGAUGAUCGUCCUCAGCUGCUGUGUAGAGAAGUUCUGACGGGUCGCUGUUACUGGGAGGUCCAGUGGAUUGGACAAGUUUCUGUAUCAGUGAAUUACAAAAGAAUCAGCAGGAGAGGAAUCUCUUAUGACUGUAUGUUUGGAGGAAACGAUCAUUCCUGGAGUCUGGAAAGUAAUCCAGGUGAUCAGUACUAUGUCCGUCACAAUAACAGAGACACAUCCACCUCCUCAUCUCCAUCUCCAUCUUCAGACUCUGGCAGAGUAGCAGUGUACGUGGACGUUCCUGCUGGAACUCUGUCCUUCUAUGAAGUCUCUGACAGACUGAUCCACCUCCACACCUUCAACACCAGCUUCACUGAACCGCUCUGUGCUGGAUUUGGAUUCUGGUUCAGUUCUGGUUCAGUGUCUCUGGGUCCAGUUUAGUCUCAAGAGUCUCCUGUCAGAUAAACUGUCUCUGUUGGAUCCUGGACUUGGUCUCUGGUUCUGGUUCCUCAGAGUCUCCAUGAUGAUGAUGAUGAUGAUGAUGAUGAUGAUGAUGAUGAUGAUGAUGAUGAUGAUCAAGAUAAUCACUGUUAACUUUUAGUUUUUUGGUUUAUUGUAUUUUAUUUGAUCUUUUUCACAUUUAAACAUUAAAUAAUUUACUGGACUGUUGAUGUUUGAUCAUAAAUUAGAUUUGUAUCUCAUUAUUCUUGUUUUAUUAUUGAUUCUGUCUCUAAAUGUUUUCAUGUUUGUCUUCACGUUUAGAUUCUUAAAGUCUUGUUUCUUCCCUGAAACAAAGUUUGAGCUUCAAAUCGAAACAUUUCCAUUUUACAUUCAACUUUUCCAGUUUGUAUGAUAUUUGAUUGAUUUAUCUGAUUGUUUUAAUUUGAUUCCUUCAGUUUUCAAAGCUGUUGAUGUAAAAAUGAAGUGAGAAGACGGAAAUAUUCAUGUAACAUCCAACAUGUAAAAACACCAGCAACAUGUUUAAAUUAAAAGUAUUCAAGUACUCUUGAAACCAGUUUUUUAAGGAAAGGUUUAUUUACUGCAACUUUAAAAACAUGAGGUAAAUAUCCUAAGUUUAGGGAUAAGUUGAUCUGGUCCAGUAUUGUCAUACCAAAAAGAGAAUAAAAUAUGUACAUAUUUCUGUGCAAAACAUGUUUAGAUAAAUGUAAAUGACCUUUUAUGUUGCAUGUGCUUGUUAAACAUCUGAAUGUAACAUGUUUCCUGCUGGGUAUUGG